UGAUGUCCUUAGCUCCUGGUACGCAGUUCAGACCUGCAAGGUGCAGUUUUUCUGUGAUAACUAAAAUGAUGCUGUCACUUUUCUUUAGCAAAUGUACAACUGAUGCAGUUGACAUACCAGUAAUUCAACCCACUCACGUUUAUGUGGAACUUGGAACAGCAGCUGUACUGCUUUGUUAUUUUAACUGCUCAUGUCCUGGUAAAGCAUAUGGGAGUUUCCAAGCAUCAAAGAGGAAAGAAUAUGCAAAUAUAACAUGCAUAUCAGUGGGGCAAAUAAGGACCUGUGAAUCCAAAAGUAUUAUUGUCAAUACCACAUUGGAUGAUGAAAAUGUUUAUAGAUGUCAAGUGAAAAUACCAGGUGAAAAUAUUUCUUUUGAAGGUGAAGGAUCAGGAACCAAGCUUAUAAUCUAUGCUGAGCCCUCGUCUUUGGAAAUACGAGAAGCCAAGCCUCUAGUCGAAGGCACACCGUCCAAUCUUACUUGCCUUGUCCGAGGAAAGCAUCUACCCAAUAUCACAUUUGAUUGGUUCAGGACUGAACCACGUGAGCUCACAAGCAUACCGAUUUUCACAAGCCUUAGUGAAAUGCAAAGUGUAUACAGCUUCACUCCAAGUAUAAAUGACCACAGGACUGCCUAUUGGUGUCAGGCCUCUCACCCACUGUUUAAAAGGAGCAUCAUGCAGAAAAAAUUAUUAGAUGUCAAAUAUGGACCUCAGACUCUGAAUGUGACAUCUUUACAAAGGUUUGGCAAUCUAAAUAACUCAUGGAAAUCCUUGGAGAUUCCCAAACACUCCCACACUGUGUUGUUGUGCUCAGCCAAUGGUAAUCCUGAGCCUUCAGUUAUGUGGUUUCAUGAAAAAGAAGGCUAUAUAAACUCUACCAAGUCUCAUGUGGGAAGUGAUGGACAUAUUUUGGUCAUAGAACACAUGACAAAAGAGAAUGAAGGCUUCUACAGAUGUGUCGCAAACAACAGUUAUGGCACAAUUAAUGUGACUAUCUACAUACGGGCAGUUGAAGGUACAGAUAAAUUAUUCAUUUUUCAGAGAAUUUGAAACAAUUAAGAAUUGUUAGUGGAUAGAGAUAUUCAAAUUAAGCACAUACUGAUGCUGGUAUGGAUAUCCCAUUUUUAUUUUGUACUUUUUUCAAUAUGUUCAGGACAGCAGAGUGCAUCAGUAACAUGAGCCUAUGGCAUUCUGGUUUCGGUUAACUUCUUUUACAUAUUCAUAUUGUUUGGUGAUAUGCCAAGACAUACUGUAGUUUCUGUAUAUCCCUUAUGGUAUCAACAUAUUUACUGAGGUAUAUUGGAAAAAAAUUAAAGUAUAAAAAGAAGCCAGUAAAGUUGCAA